AUGGUUAACCUCGUCAUCGGGUGGGCAGCCGGCAUAGAUGUAUUACUUGGGUACAUUUAUUCUUUCUUUUUCAAUUAUUUUAUUAAAAAAAUUCAAUUCACUUUUUUUUUUUCUCUUUCAUUUAUUUAUUGCCUAAAAUUCAUUCCCCUUCCUUUUGGCUUUUACGAUUUGUUUAAGCUCAAGAUUAAGCACCAUUCUUUCCAUUGCUUCUUUCUUUCUUUCUUUCUUUCCAUUUCUUCUUUCUUUUUUUCUUUCUUUUUUUCUUUUCUUUUCUUUUCUUUCGGUGGUCUUUUACACAUUUUUAUUCUUCCAUUCUUUCUUUUCUUCUGUCUUUCUUCCUUUUCUGAGUUGAAUUUCUUUCUUAUUUUUCCUUUUUAUUUCCUUCUCUUUUCUUUCUUUCUUUAUUUAAAAUGCCUUUUUAAAUUUCGCUCUUUCUUAUUCUUAUUUUUUUUUUUUUUAAUUUUUUAUUCAAAAAAAAUUUUUGUUUCUUUCCUUCCUUCUUUCAUUUUCUUUGCUGUUUUAAUAUUUUUUUUCCUUUCCUCAGAAAAUAAAUUAAAAAUUAUUUUUUCUUUUUAUUUAAUUUUUUUUCUUGUUUCUUUUUUUUUUCUUUCCUUAUUUUUUUUUCUUUUUUUAUUUUUUUGUUUUUUAUCCAAAUUUUUAUUUUUCCAUUAUCCUUCUUUUUUUUCUUCUAAUAUUUUUUCCUUUUUUUUUCUCUUUAAUUUUUUUCUUUUUCUUUCUUUAAGUUCCUUUCUUUGUUUCUUUGUUUCCUUCUUUCUUUUUUUUUUUUUUUUUUUUUUCUUUGAAAAAAUUUUUUUCUCAGUGCUCUUUUACUCAUUUUUAUUCUUCCAUUAUCCUUCUUUCUUUUCUUCUGUCUUUCUUUUUUUAAAUUUCUUUCCUUCUGUCCUUCCUUCUUUUUUUUUCUUUCUUUUGGACCUUUCGAACUUCCUUCUUAGCAUUUUAAAAUUUUCCCUUUCUUUCUUUCUUUCUUUCUUUUCUUUUUUAAAUUAA